GCUCAGCUUAGCUUGUUGCGUUGAGGCGCCCCACGUAGGAUCCAGGCACAUGGCAACGAUUCAGUAUGACGACGGCGGCAUUAACAGGAUAUCAAAGGCAUUGACACAGCCAAAAGUGCAGGGAGCUUCCCAGGCUAUGCUCCAUGCAGUGGGCAUGACACCUGAGGAUCUUAACAAAGCUCAGGUGGGUAUUGCCUCCGUGUGGUAUCAGGGCAACCCUUGCAACAUGCACUUGCUCUCCUUGGGUGAAGACGUGAAGAAGGAAGUUGACAAGGAUCCAUUGAUGUAUGGCUUCCAGUUCAACACCAUCGGAGUAUCGGAUGGUAUGUCCAUGGGCACCAAAGGAAUGAUGUACUCACUUCCAUCUCGAGAAAUCAUCGCAGACAGCAUUGAAUCGGUGAUGGGAGCCCAAUUCUACGAUGCCUUGGUGACAAUUCCUGGGUGCGACAAGAACAUGCCAGGCUGCGUGAUGGCUAUGAUUCGCAUGAACCGACCAUCGCUGAUGCUCUAUGGUGGCACUAUUGCAUCUGGCAGAUCUUGCAAAGGGGAGGACCUUGACAUUGUCUCCACUUUCGAGGCUUAUGGCAAGUUCAUUGCGGGCUCGAUCACUGAUGAGGAGAGGGCAGAUAUCGUUCGUAAAGCUUGUCCCGGUCCCGGUGCGUGUGGCGGAAUGUACACAGCCAAUACCAUGGCGACUGCAACAGAGGCCCUAGGCCUGUCGCUACCAUAUUCAAGCUCCUCGCCAGCAGCAUCCCCUGAAAAGCGAGCCGAGUGCGAGCGAGUUGCGAAGUGUGUGAAGGCGAUGUUGGAGAGGAACCUGAAACCAUCGGACAUUUUGACCAAGAAGUCCUUUGAAAAUGCCAUCGUCAUCGUGAACGCUUUAGGAGGAUCCACCAAUGCGGUACUGCACUUGCUGGCGAUUGCGGCCACGGCGGAGAUCGACCUGACCAUCGAUGACUUCCAACGGAUCAGUGCCAAGACGGCGUUGAUCGCAGAUUUGAAGCCCAGCGGAAAGUUUCGAAUGGAGGACGUUCACCGGAUUGGUGGCAUUCCCGCAGUGAUGAAGUAUCUGCUGAAGCUUGGGUGGCUCUAUGGAGACUGCUUGACAGUCACUGGCCAGACCAUAGCGCAGAAUUUGGCCAGCGUGCCUGAUCUUGAUUUUGGUGCGCAAUCGGUGAUCCUGCCUUUGGAGAGGUGCUUGCAGAAGUCAGGCAACCUGAAGAUCUUGAGAGGGAACCUUUCCCCAGAAGGUUCAGUUGGCAAGAUCACUGGCAAGGAGGGCACCUCCUUCACUGGGCCGGCCAACAUUUUUGAUGGAGAAGAAGCCAUGGUGAAAGGCCUGGAACAAGGGAAGAUCUCCAAGGGCGAUUUCAUUGUGAUUCGUCAUGAGGGCCCAAAGGGAGGCCCUGGAAUGCGAGAGAUGCUGACUCCAACGAGCGCCAUUAUGGGUGCGGGUUUGGGAAAGUAUGUGGCACUGAUGACGGACGGACGCUUCUCUGGUGGAUCGCAUGGCUUCAUCAUUGGUCAUGUUUCUCCAGAGGCAUGGGUCGGCGGACCCAUCGCGCUUCUUCGAAAUGGAGACAAGAUUACUGUGGAUGCCGAGAAGUUGCAGCUCACGGUGGAUCUCUCGGAAGAGGAGCUGAAGUCCCGAAAGGAUGCGUGGAAACAACCACCUUUGCCAGUGAAAACAGGAUACCUGGCCAAAUACGCACGGUUAGUGUCAUCGGCUUCCUUGGGAUGUUUAACAGAUCGAUGAGGAAAGAUCCAAAGGCUGAGCUUUACCUCGACAGGUUCGUCUGAGAUUUUUGAAUUCGAAGACUCCUCGGUCGACCGAUCUAUCAACAUACCUCGCCCCCCCAGCCUUCGGUGACUGGGCAUUUGAGAGCGGG